AUGACAAUGACUGAGAGCUGGAAACUGGUGCAAACAAUCGGCGACAAGCCUGUUGGGAGCUUGACUGAUGGCGACGUUGUAUCGGCUGUCGAAUUCGACGAGAAAGGUCAAUACCUUGCAACCGGGGACAGAGGAGGUCGAGUGCGAAUCUAUGAGAAGACUGAUGUAUCUCAAGCAAGUUCUCCUUCGAGCCUGCGGCGGACGAUCACUGGAGCUAUAUCUUCGCAUCAUGAUAAGGGGCCAGGUUUCGAGUAUAAAUUCUGGCAUGAAUUCCAGAGUCAUGAAGCAGAGUUCGACUAUCUCAAGUCGCUGGAAAUUGAGGAGAAGAUUAACUGCCUACGUUGGUGCAAAUCGAUGAACAAUUCUUUCAUGCUGCUCACUACGAACGACAAAACGAUCAAGUUGUGGAAAGUUCAAGACAAGAAGAAGCAAUCAGCAAUUGCAGAGUUCAGGCCAAAGGUUGCUCCGAAGAAUGGUAAAGGGGUUAGCCAGAUCCAGUUUCCGAAUCUGCAUCCUGGUGCUCGAGGAAUUGUGUCAACUCCAAAGCGUGUCUUUGCGAACGGACAUGCUUACCACAUAAACUCGAUUUCUCUCAACAGCGACUGUGAGACAUUCAUCUCGGCCGACGAUCUUCGUAUCAACCUCUGGAAUCUUGGAAUCUCGGACACGAGCUUUAACAUUGUAGAUAUCAAACCUGCCAACAUGGAAGAGCUCACUGAGGUCAUUACCGCUGCAAGCUGUCAUCCUGAACAGUGCAACGUCUUCCUGUGGAGUAACAGUCGCGGAAGGGAUUAUAUGUGCUUGAAAUUGUGGGAUGUCAAUAUGGAAUCAAGACCGAUUCGAACCAUUUAUGUACAUGAGCAGUUAAGAAGCAAAUUGUGUGAUUUGUAUGAAAACGAUGCGAUCUUCGAUAAAUUCCAGUGCUCGUUCUCUGGUGACUCCAAGUUUCUCCUUACUGGUUCCUAUCACAACUAUCUUCACAUCUACGAGAGGAUCGGCAAGGGAGACGUUUGCAUUGAGGCAGCGAAGAAACCGGUGAGCAAGUCCAGGCUGAACCUGCCAAGGCCCAAAUCGAAGAAACCAGAAGAAGUUACUGAGAUGGAUCUUGACAAGAAGGUGUUGCAUUGCGCAUGGCAUCCGUCAGAUCCCUGCGUUGCUGUUGGAGCUCUGAACACAGUCUACGUGUAUCACAACGCGGAGGUUCAAAAGGUCGCUGCCGUUCAGGGUUGA